GAGGCUGGGGAAAAGUGUCUCUAAGAAGGAUGCAAAAUGAGUAUCUUGGGCUCUUCUGGCAGCACCUGUGGUGAGUAACCAGGCUGCUUGUUACAGCUGGAGAUGCUGAGUGGAGCUGGUCCUGCCCUGCUGCUGCAGGGAGGAAGGGGAGAGAGAUGGUGUCAGGCAGCCAUGGGGCAGUCAGAGUGUCUGUAGGUGACACCAGAGAUACCUUAGAGCAGAUAAGACAUCUUCCAUCUCAGGUGGAGAAAGGAGAGCAGCCAGAAACCAAGGUCACCGAAUACCAUGGUGGAAGGAGGAAGAGGAUGGAUGUGCUGCCACGGAUGUGUGCUGGGCUGCUCCUCCUGUCCCUGCUCUGUGCCACUGGCCUCUGCCAACGAAGCAAAAUAGAUAACCGCUGUGUGCUGUCCCAGGCGAAGAGCUGCACUGAGUGCAUCCGAGUUGAUAAGGACUGCUCCUUCUGCACUGACGAGAGCUUUGAAGAGCCUCGUUGCAACUUGCGGGAGAACUUGCUGCGGUACGGCUGCAGGGAGGCCAGCAUCGUGUACACCAGGGGUGAGAUGCAGACCCAGCAGAAUUUCAGUAUCAACACAUCCCUGCAGAGAACCCAGGUGUCCCCCCAGGGCAUGUUCAUGCGGCUGCGAGCUGGGGAGGAGAUGAGCUUCAGCAUGGAUGUCUUCCAGCCCUUGGAGAGCCCUGUGGAUCUCUACAUCCUCAUGGACUUCUCCUACUCUAUGUCUGAUGAUCUAGACAACCUCAAAAACAUGGGCCAAAACCUAGCGGAGUUCCUGCAAGCCCUGACCUCCAAUUACACCAUUGGAUUUGGCAAGUUUGUGGACAAAGUCUCAUCCCCUCAGACAGAUAUGAGACCUGAGAAGCUCCGUGAACCCUGGAACAAUGCUGAUUCCCCCUUCUCAUUCAAGAAUGUUAUCCGUCUGACCAGCAACAUCAACUACUUCAGCCAAGAGCUCAGGAAAGAGCGCAUCUCCGGCAACCUUGAUGCCCCUGAGGGCGGCUUUGAUGCCAUCCUGCAGACAGCUGUUUGCAAGGAUAAGAUUGGCUGGAGGAAGGACAGCACCCAUCUGCUCGUGUUCUCCACUGAAUCUGCCUUUCACUAUGAAGCUGAUGGGACCAACGUCCUGGCAGGGAUCCUGGCAAGAAAUGAUGAGCACUGUCACCUAGACACUGAUGGCACCUACGUGUAUGAUACCAAACAGGACUACCCUUCGGUGCCCACCCUGGUGCGCCUGCUAGGCCAACACAACAUCAUCCCCAUCUUCGCUGUCACCAACCACUCCUACAGCUACUAUGAGAAGCUGCACAAGUAUUUCCCCAUCUCUGAGAUCGGGGUGCUCCAGGAGGACUCUUCCAACAUUGUGGAGCUGCUCCGCACAGCCUUUGAGCGCAUCCGCACCAAGAUGGAUAUCCGUGCUGACUUUGUCCCCAAAGCCAUGAAGACAGAGUUCACCUCCUUGAUGUACGAAAAGACAGAAUCUGGCUCCUUCCACAUCACCCGUGGGGAAGUGGGCAAGUUCAAUGUGCGUGUGAAGGCACUCGAGUAUGUUGGUGGGCAGCACGUCUGCAGCCUCCCUGAGAGAGACCGGCAGGGAGUCAUCCAAGUGAAACCCACGUCCCUGAGUGACAGCCUCAAAGUCACAGCCUCUGUCAUCUGUGAUGUGUGCCCCUGCGAACAGCAACAAGAGUUUAACUCGCCCACGUGCAGCUUUCAUGGGGACUUUGUUUGUGGACAGUGCAUCUGCCAUCCUGGCUGGCGAGGGGACACAUGCGACUGCUCCCCAGCAUCCUCACCUAACAAUGAAGCCUGCAUCCGCCCCGGGGACGUGGAGCCGUGCUCGGGCCGGGGCGAGUGCCUGUGUGGGAAGUGCCAGUGCUACUCCGAGGACCUGAUGCAGCGCUUCGAUGGGGCAUUCUGCCAGUACGAUGUCCUGCAGUGCCCGCGCACCUCCGGCUUCCUCUGCAACGAUCGUGGCCGCUGCUCCAAGGGUGCAUGCGUGUGUGAGAGCGGCUGGGAGGGGCCAGGCUGCGAAUGCCCCAUGAGCAACGACACCUGCAUCGACAGUAGAGGGGGUAUUUGCAAUAACCAUGGGAGGUGUGAAUGUGGCAGAUGCAUCUGUGACAAGGCUUCGCUGUACACCAGCUCCACCUGCGAAAUCAGCUACUCCCUGGGCUUCCAGGCUGUGUGUGAGAGCAUCCGGGACUGUGUUCGCUGCCAGGCCUGGGGAACAGGCAAUACAAAAGGGAACUGCAGCACGUGCCACCUCCAGCUCCAGAUGGUGGAAGAGCUAAAGAAAGAGGAGGCCAGUGAAUACUGCUCAUUCCAGGAUGAGGAGGAUGAUUGCACAUACCACUACACGCUGGAGGGAGAUCCCAACGUCCUCCCCAACACCACUGUCCACGUCCAGAAGAAAAAAGAGUGCCCACCGGGGAACUUCCUCUGGCUCAUCCCACUGCUCAUCUUCCUCAUCCUGCUGCUGGGGCUGCUGCUGCUGCUCUGCUGGAAGUUCUGUGCCUGCUGCAAGGCUUGCCUAGCCCUGCUUCCCUGCUGUGCACAAGGUCGCACUGUUGGCUUCAAGGAGGACCACUACAUGCUUCGCCACAGCCUCAUGUCCUCUGACCACCUGGACACCCCCAUGGUCCGCAGCGGGUCCCUCAAGGGCUGCGACACAGUCCGCUGGAAGAUCAACAACAAUGUGCAUAGGCAGGACUUCACCUCCCUCGCUGCCGCCAGCCCCAAAGAUCUCAUUCCCUAUGGGCUGUCUCUGAGGCUGACCCGGCUUUUCACGCAGAACCUGGUGAAGCCGGACACCCGGGAGUGCGAGCAGCUGCACAAGGAAGUGGAGGAGAACCUGAACGAGGUUUUCAAGCACAUCCAUGGCUGCCACAAGCUCCAGCAGACCAAGUUCAGGUUACAGCCCAAUUCUGGGAAAAGGCAGGACCACACCAUUGUGGACACAGUGCUCACUGCCCCUCGCUCAGCCAAGACAGAGAUCAUCAAAGUGACGGAAAAGCAUGUUUCCCAUGGGGCUUUCAAUGACCUGAAGGUUUCACCAGGUUAUUACACUGUGACCUCGGACCAAGAUGCUCACGGGAUGGUGGAGUUCCAAGAGGCUGUGGAGCUGGUGGAUGUGCGUGUCCCACUCUUCAUUAGGGAGGAUGAUGACGAUGAGAAGCAGCUGCAGGUGGAGGCCAUUGAUGUCCCUACUGGCAUCGCAGAGAUUGGACGCAGGAUUGUCAGCAUCACCAUCAUCAAAGAACAAGCCAGCAGCCUCAUCACCUUCUUGCAGCCAGCCUAUUCCCACAGUCGCUUUGACAAGCUGGCCAAGAUCCCUGUCCUCCGGGAGAUCAUAGACAAUGGGAAAUCCCAAGUCACCUACAGGACCCGAGAUCUCACUGCUAAGAAUGGCAGGGACUACAUCUUCACAGAGGGUGACUUGGUCUUCCAGCCUGGGGAGACCCGAAAGGAGGUGCAGGUCCCCUUGCUAGAGCUGACGGAAAUAGACACCCUCCUGCACAACUGCCAGCUCAAGCAGUUCGCCAUCGACCUCCUCCACCCCAAGUACGGCGCCAAGAUCGGCCGCUACCCCCAGACCACGGUGACCAUCGCCGACCCAGAGGUGGUGGAUGGUAUCCCCUCGAUGGCUGGCUUAGGCCAGAUCUCCCAGUCCCCAAAAGGCCGCCUGAGUGCACCACUUAACCCCAGUGCCAAUGCUCUCAGCUCCAGGGAAAUCAGCUUCAGCUGGUUUCCCCCACCAGGAAAACCUCUGGGGUACAAGGUUAAAUACUGGAUCCAAGGGGACCCCGAGUCAGAAGCGCAUCUUAUCGAUGUCAAAGCACCAUCAGUAGAGCUGAGUAACCUCUACCCCUUCUGCGACUACGAGAUGCAAGUCUCUGCCUACAAUGCCAUGGGUGAAGGUGCUUACUCUGACAUCAUCCACUGCCGCACGCUCGAGGACGUCCCCAGUGAGCCCGGCCGCUUGGCUUUCAACGUUGUGUCUUCCACUGUGACACAGCUGAGCUGGGCUGAGCCUGCAGAAACCAAUGGGGAGAUCACAGCUUAUGAAGUCAGUUAUGGACUUGUCAACGAGGACAACAUACCCAUUGGCCCAAUGAAGAAGGUGCUGGUUGAAGACCCAAAGAAGCGCAUGGUGCUGAUAGAAAACCUGCGGGAGUCCCAGCCCUAUCGCUACAUGGUGAAAGCCAGGAAUGGUGCUGGCUGGGGACCUGAGAGAGAAGCCACCAUCAACCUUGCCACACAGCCGAAGCGCCCGAUGUCCAUCCCCAUCAUUCCUGAUGUCCCCAUCAUUGAUGCAGAGGGAGGUGAGGACUAUGACAGCUACCUGAUGUACAGUGCAGAUGUGCUUCGCUCUGCAGCUGGCAGCAAGCAUCCCAGUGUCUCUGAUGAUUCAGGCUCCAGGUGGAAAUAUGUGCCGCUGCUGGGAGAAGACUUGGAUCUUCGACGCAUCACCUGGAGGCUCCCAGCUGAAACCAUUCCCCGCCUCUCUGGCAGCAGCCGCUUCUCAGACACCGAGGGUCUCCUCCAUGAGGAGGACAGCGACGUGGCUACUGGCAGCCUGAGGAGGAGCGGGACGCCCCGUCCCCAAGCAGAACACUUGCUGAAUGGCCGGGUAGACCUCUCCUUCCCUGGCAGUGGCAGUGGCACACUGACCAGGACAAUGAACACCAGCUACCAUCAGCUGAGUUCACACGUGCAGCAGGAGCACAGAGUGAUGGGAAGCUCCUCACUGACAAGAGACUACUCUACAAUGCUGAUGGGGCAUGAUUGUCCAGGGACACUCUUCCCUCCCAUCUGUGAAGAUGCCAGGAGGACAAUCCUGCAGCCCCAGGAUGUGGGUUUCAGGAGCAGGGCAAAGGUGAAGGGUUACUACCCCAGCACUGGCUGUCGGGACUCUAUAAUCAUGACUGAUGGGUCUGCAGGGAUUUGCAAGUACAUAGACUCCAGGCCGCGGCUAGGGGUUCCCGACACCCCUACACGCCUGGUGUUCUCUGCCCUGGGACCCACCUCCCUGAAGGUGAGCUGGCAGGAGCCGCACUGCGAGAAGGAGGUGAAGGGCUACAGCGUGCACUACCAGCUCCUCAAUGGAGGAGAGGUCCACCGACUCACCAUCCGCAACCCCAGCCAGAACUCAGUGGUGGUAGAGGACCUGCUGCCCAACCACUCCUACAUCUUUAAGGUGAAGGCGCAGAGUGAGGAAGGCUGGGGCCCGGAGAGGGAAGGAGUCAUCACCAUAGAGUCCCAGGUGGACCCACAGAGCCCGCUCAGCCCUGUACCAGGUUCACCCUUCACGCUGAGCACACCCAGUGCUCCUGGGCCACUUGUGUUCACUGCCCUCAGCCCUGACUCCCUGCAGCUCAGCUGGGAGAGACCCCGCAAGCCCAAUGGGUCCAUCUUGGGUUACAUGGUUACCUGUGAGAUGCUGCAUGGAGGAGGGGAGCCCAGGAAUAUCUACGUCGAAGGAGACAACCCUGAAACUACCCUGACCGUGCCCCACCUGAAUGAGAAUGUCCCAUACAAGUUCAAAGUGCAAGCCAAGACCACCCAAGGCUUUGGGCCAGAGAGAGAAGGCAUCAUCACCAUUGAAUCCCAGGAUGGAGGUACCUUCUCCCAGUUUGGAGGACAGCAGUACAUGAGAGAGGAAGUGUACAACUUCCCAGCAGAAUACACCACCAAUACCAGCAUCAGCCACUCCUCUCUGGAUCCCCACUUCACAGACAGCAUGCUCCUGACAACCCAGAGAGUAGAGAGUGCCAGCAGCACCCUCACCAAACAGGUCACCAAAGAGUUUGUGAGCCGGACCAUGAUGUCCAGUGGGACCCUCACCAAACAGAUGGAAAGGCAGUUUUAUGAGGCGUGAGUCAGGGCAGGCUGUCUGCCAGCAGGACAUCCAUGUUCAGAUGGCAGGACUUUGUGGAAUAGUCCAAGAUGCUGCUGUGGUGCCUGGGAAGCUCCUCCUGUGGGCAGAGACCUUCCAUGGCACUUCAAGCUCUGGACCUCUGCUUUGGAGCCCAGCACACUCAAAGCUCUGGCACCGUUGGGUCAUCAGGCUUCUGCUCAUCCUUCAGGACUUGGCCAUCCUCUCCUACUCUGCAGAGACGCAGUUCUGCAGAGUCCACAGCAGCGUCUUCCAGGAAUAAUCACCACUCACUCCAAUACCAUUUUUCAAUGCCCAUCCAUCCAAAUACACCUGCCGAAAUUUAGGUGUCUCGACGGCUCCAGCCUUCCCAGAUAAAUGGAACAGGAUGAUUUAUUCUCAGAUCAUCAGUUUUGAGAAGAUCCCAGCUGACAACAUCCUGAUUUAUAGAGUGUAACCAUUUCCAUCUGUGCAUGCUACAGGCUCUCUAGCAACUUGCGUGUCCACUGGAGAGGGUUAUUUUGUUCUGUUUGGGCUUUUUCUAUGAAAGCUGCAUAGGUUUGGGGUAACCUAAUGCUUCUUCCUGCACCUAUUUGUGUCUAUCCUUCACUGCUAACAUUUGGUACCAUGAUAGCGAAGUACAGCCUUUCUUUUGUACAGCAUUACUCAUGACAGCCUCUGAAGCUUUUUUUUUUUUGCGUACAUUAUUGUACAGUUUUCUCAGUAUAUAUAUAAAUAUAUAGAAAUGUAUUUUAUUAUUUUAU